UGUCAUCCAUUAAGUCUUGUUGUCUAAGCUUUUUAUGAUUAGAGUAUCUAAAACAACGCUCACUUAAUAAGAACAUUUAUUAGUUACUUUUAUUGGCUAUAUCUUUGAUAUUGUAUAAAGAUUAUUAAAUUUUACUAGCCAGUACUCAAGGAUCCCUCGAUGCUAGGAGGCCAGUGCAACUCGGCAUAUUGGCGCGAUUUUUAAAUCGACAUCAAUAGUAGUAAAUAAAUACAGUGUCACCAAAUAUUUCUAGUAGUCCAAAGUGAUCAUGUUUAGUUAAAAUAAAUAAGUUGACUAUUUUAGUCCAUCGAGUGUUUUCAUUCACACGAACAGGUAAAAUAUUAAUACUAAUUAAAGCAGAAUUUCCCAUAAAUCUAGUUAGUUAUAGAAUUUUAUUAAAAAAACUGCUCUCUAACCGCAAUAAACUUCCAUAUCUAGGAUUGUUAUACAAAUAAAAUCCAUAGACCACCACAAUAAAUAUGGACUAGUUCACACACCCAUAAAUUUUCUAUGUAUGUAUGUAUGUAGGCUCGUGCGUGUUCUCUUCCUAUUUCUCCGAAGUUGACACCAUCCAUUAUUCUUAUCGGACAAAUCCGUAGGUACUUAAUGUAAAGCGAUAUAAAUCAUCACACAGGACAAGCGUGUACUGGGUUCUCAUUAUCAAGUUCGCAACCUGUUGCGGCCAUAUAUAAAUAUCUGGUUUGAGAGUUAACAUCUACUAUUAGUUGUUAGAUGCUAAUUGGUUUAAGUAAAGUGCUACGAUGGGUGGUUUCGAAAUAGGCUCUUAUAAUCUUUAUUUUUAUUAAUAAAACUGACCCAUUUAAUUCAUUUUUAUCAUGAUUCGCUGUUGAGUUUUUAUUAAUUAGCUCUAUCGAAAUGAUAUAAAUCUUCAAUGUAUCUUAGGAGAUUAUAUAAAUUCACUGUGAUGAUCUAAAGUUUUCCCCAUUCUUGCAAUUCUAUUCUACAAUUCUAUAAUCUUGGCCUUCUUCACUACUAUUAUGGAUUUAAUUUUUUUUUAUAGAUUACCACUAGUUUAAGUAUACUAAAUGCAUUAAAUCAUAGUCCAUAUGUAAUACGCCAUAACAGAAAACACUUCAAUUAACAAGUUAUUAAAGACGAAAAGUGUGUCAUAAAACCAAACCAACGCCACAUCUGCAACCGCCAAAUAUGCCGAUCCAUUGGUCAUGACUCGACAUUAAUUUCCGACUUUUUCUCAUUAUUAUAUCUAUCCGGCACGGAUUACCGUUUAAGAUUGAUACUUUUUUUUGCAUCAGCUGCUAGAAUUAUUAUCUAAAGUGGGUCAGCGUUAAAGGAUUCGGUAAUUUAUCAGAUAAAGCAUGUGACGGUAUCAGAUGCAUUCGAACAAUCGGAAAAGAAAUGCACCGCCAGUGAAUCUACACCAGUGUAAUGCAUUUCUUAGAAGCGGACGUGACUAAAUUACGUUUAGAAAAAAAGGGCGGAAAAGUGAACGCCCUGUGGCCAUUCGGCAUCGGUACGAGAGUCUGUAUUUAGUGUUGCGUAAAUUAAAAUGGAAGAGCAUAAAAUAUGCUCGAGAGACGGCUUUACUGUUAGUUCAUCAUGAGUUGAGUGGCAUUGAUGGGUCGAUGGCAGUCGUUUAGGUUUAUUACUUGGACAUAAAAUUGUGAUUAUAGAAAAUUAUUGUAUAAUCAGCCUUGAUUCGUGAGAACUGCAGAUUUUAAACUAGACAAAUGUAAGAAAAUAAAUUAAGGAUGUGCAGUCAUCGACAAUUAAAUAAAAUUAAAUUCUACUUCUUGAGCUAGAAGUACGAGGGUGGUCCCACAGGUACCCGACCCAAGAAAGAGAACACGAAAAUUGUUCAACAUAAUCUUCUUUCAGCUCUAUACACUUUUCCCAGCGAUGUUUUAUAAGUUCGAUACCCUUUUUAUAAUAAGAACUGUCUUGCGCCUCGAAAUAGCCAUUAACUGCAGACAUCACUUCUUCAUCGUUGGAAAAUCUUUGACCAAUGAGCCAGUUUUUUAAGUUGGGAAACAGAAAAUAAUCUGAGGGGGCUAAAUCUGGCGAAUAGGGUGCAUGAGGUAGCAAUUUAAACUUUAAUUCAUUAAUUUUGGCCAUUGCAAUAACGGAUUUGUGAGCUGGUGCAUUGUCUUGAUGAAACAACACUUUCUUCUUAACCAAAUGCCGCUGUUUUUGCUUGAUUUCUUCGCUCAAACGUUGCAAUAAGUUCGCAUAAUACUCGCCGUUGAUAGUUUUACCUUUUUCAAGAUAGUCAAUGAAAAUUAUCCCUCGCGCAUUUCAAAAAACCGACGCCAUGACCUUGCCUGCAGAUGAAACGGUUUUCGCCUUCUUUAGAGCCGGUUCUCCCUUUUGAGUCCAUUGUUUUGAUUGUUCUUUUGUCUCAGGUGUGAAGUGAUGGACCCAUGUUUCAUCCAUGGUUAUGAAGCGAUGCAAAAAUUCUGCUUUGUUGCUGUUAAAUUUCGCUAAACACUCAAUUGAAACAUAACAUCACGACAAUGUUUUUGCUCGAGUGUGAGCAAACGCGGCACCCAUCUUGCACACAGCUUUCUCAUGUCAAAAUUUUCAGUUAAUAUGCGAUGUACCGCACUUUUUGAAAUGCCUACUAUGUCCGCUAGCUCGCGCACUUUCAGUCGACGAUCAUCCAGUACCACUUUGUGAAUUUUCUUUAAAAUUUCUGGAGUCGUCAGCUCAUUUGGUCGACCACUGCGAUGCUCGUCUUGGCAGCUCGUACGGCCUCGUUUAAACUCUGCUACCCAAUAUUUUACUGUUGUUAACGAAGGAGCAGACUCACCCAGAGUAGAAUCCAGUUCAGCUUUUAUAUUGGCCUUUCAAAUAAAAGUAUUGUAUUACAUAACGAUGACCAAUUUUCUCCAUUUUCACAAAUUCACUGAAAACGUUCACUAUUGAUGGCUGCCAAACAAAUAUUAAACAACAUGGCGUCUUCAAACUUGAAACAUAUGCUUUAUAGAUUAUAUACUUUCUAAUACACUGAUAUUUUUCAAACUACUAUCGACAUCUCUAGGUCAGGGCGGGUACUUCUGGGACCACCCUCGUAUCUCCUUGAUCAGCAAAGUUACUAGUGAAUUAUAUUGAAAUAUUGGAAAAGAUAUGGUAUGAUACCAGAAAUUACAUCUCCGGAAAAUGUCAGUCUUACUGCUAAUACAGAGAGUCAAAUAAGUUAGAUAGAGAAGCUGCAACAGCUUGAGUUCGAAACUAAAUAUCGGGCCCAGAAAAUUCGAUAUUUCAUCCAUCGGGCAUUUCCGUCUGAAGGAUUGAACAUGAGCUGAAGAGGUAAAAGAUUAACAGACCGAUCAUUGAAAUAUUAGGAUUUAUAAGAUUAUUAGAAUAAUAAAACAAAUAUUUUAAAGUGCAUGCAUCUAUCCCAAGUAAAUUGCAAUUUUGUCUCAUUUUAGGUGACGAUGACUUUCUUUCAUAAAUUUUAACGAAAUUCUUAAAAGUACAAGAAAACUCACAGAUCUAACGCAACCAUCUUAAAUUCUUAACUUAAUGUAACUUCCUAUUUUGUAUUUGUAAACAUAACCUCUCAAAAAUUUUAAUUGUUUUGUUUUCCUACAACUGGCACAACUGAACUUUGUCAGAGUGACCAACAUCGAAAAGACACAAUCACGCAAAAUGGCGGCCCCCUAGUAGUGGUCAUUUACUUUUCAUUAAAUUGACAGUCCAGGUAUAUUUAUUAAGUUCGUGAGUGUAACACACCGGUAUGAAGGUUAAAUGUGACGGGGCGGAAUAGUCUGCCAUCCAAGAUGGCCGAUUGAUUUUGAUUGACUAAUUUUUGACGUACAUCAAAUAUGACAAUACUGACGUUAAUGACAUUUUAAUUGUCGUAUUUGACGAUUUUUUUUUUAAGUUCUCCUUGGGUGGAAAACAAGCCAAGCCUAUAUCAUUUUAUUCCAAUUUAAAGGUUUUAAGUAAUUUUAUAUACAACCAACAUAACAAUUUUAUAUUUCAUUUACAUCAACCCCACUGACUUGUGACAUCCUUACCCGAUUGUGACUAACCAAAAAUCAAAAGUUAUAUUUUGUUUUUAUUUGCUUAUACUAAAAAAAUAAAAAAGAAAAAACAUAGAUAUUAACUUGUACAUGUGUAUUUGUGUUAACUGUUAAGCGUAUAGUUAAUUUUAAAAGAAAAUAAAAUUCUAUUUAAAUAUAUCUCAUCACUCGUCAGUUAUAACGUCAGUUUUAACGCAUCAACUUUUAUAAUUCUGCAAAUUACUUUAAAUUUAAAUAUCAGGCAAUAGAUCAGUCUUAAAUUUCCCGCCACACGCCACCCAAUGGUUGCAACCGUCUUUGUCAACAACGUCAAUAAAGCUAUCAACAGAAUUUCUGUCUGUUCAUUAGGCAACACGCAUUUCUCUAUAUUUGUGUUCUGUGGUGUAACAAAUAGGGCAGACAUUGAUAUUGUUAUUCUGGUACAGGCCGGAAUACCUAUUGGCAAUUCAAAUUAAGAUCCCAGCGCCAGGUGGCGGUUAGCGGAACUAGUUUCUGCCACAUUAUUUUCUAAUCUGGCUUUUUAUCAAGAUCUUUUUAUUGUAUAUAACUUUAUUUGUUAUUAUAUUAUUGUAGUAUUUGUGUAUUUUUGUUGUGGUUCGUUUAAAAGACUUGCAAAUUGUGUUGUUUUGAGUAGUUUCAUUCGCAUUGUUGGGUAACUUUAUAACAAUAAAUACUUGAUUUUUUUGAUUUACUUUUCUUUUCUGUUAAUUUUAAAACAUAUGGCUCAACUAACCCUUAGCCUUAUGGAAUACAUUGCUUACAUUGGUGGUAAUGUCAAUUCAAGGAGAGUGAAGGGGAAAAAGUUGUUAAUGCAGGGCAUAUAAUCUUGUACGGAAAAAAAUAACUGUCCGACUUUUCGCUAAAACUUUCUGCUCUUUGCUUGCAAACUAGUGCCUUGCAGUCAGAUCCUCAUGAAAUGAAUUAACAAUUUCUAAGGGGUUUGCAGUAAUUAAACAAAUGUAAGUACCGCACAUGUAAAGCUGGAGCUGGAGGAAAAUGCAAACAUAUUUCGGCUUUUUUAAUACUAUUGACCAGGUAAUAUAUUUUUUUAAUUAUACAUACAUAUUUUCAAAUGCUUUUAUAUUUUAUAGGUUAAAAAUCCUUUCUUUUUUUUCAUUUCAAGGAAAAAUCUGUUGGAGUUUGAAGAUAUUUCACAAACACAACUUUCUUGUGCUUGGUCUGGUAGGAAAAAAAUAGUGCAGGAUAAAUAUAAGGCUAUUUCUGUACUUGAAAUGCCUUGCAUUAAAUCAAAAGUUGGUGGCCUGCUUGUAUCACCAAAUAUAGAUGACCAAAAAUCCAUGUUGGAAUUUUUUAUUAAGAAUUUACCAGACUCUGCUAUUGCAAAAUAUUCGAAAGGACGUGUCAAGAAUGAUUCGGAAUUUAUUGAAAAUGAGAAUGAUAUAAGCAUGACCAAAACCAUCAGUUUGGAUGAAGUAGGCAGUGAAAUUUUAAAUAAUGCUGCACAGUCUGUUGUCUUAAUGGAAAUUGCCAGUUUAAAGUUUAGUUUUUCAAGUUGCUGUGAAACUCUUUAUCAUGGUAUGAUGAACGAAAAGCAGGACAUAUUAUUUAACCUCGAACAAAAUUCAUACGAAUGGCAUGAAGCCAGAAAAUAUAGAAUUGCGGGUUCUAGGUGUUAUGAGAUCUACACCUAUAAAGAAAUGGAUAAGGACAUGAAAAGUAAAAAGUACUUUUGGCCAAAGUCCUUUACCAACAAGUACGUAAAGCAUGGGCAAAUGGAUGAAAAACCAGCGAGGGAGUGUUUUGUAUCUAAAACGGAUUAUAAGGUGAUAGAAUAUGGUAUGAUAACAUCUCCAGAAAAUAAAUGGUUAGGCUUUUCUCGAGACGGUGUGGUGUUAAAUACUGAUAGGAAUCCAAUAGCACUAUUGGAAAUUAAGUGUUUAUAUUCAGGUAUCACAAUGUCCAUUGAAGAUUCCUUACAAUCAUAUAAUUUUAUUUUAAAAGCAAAUGGAAAAUAUAUGCUAAAGGCAAAACAUAAAUACUAUGGACAGGUUCAACUAGGAAUGACCAUACUUAAUUUACAAAAAUGUUCUCUGUGUUUAUAUGCCUCUUAUGAUGACAAUUGUGUCAUAAUGGAAGUGGAAUAUGAUUAUACAUUUUCAAGAACAAUGUUGGAAAAAAGUAAAAACAAUUAUUUUUGUAAAAUGUUACAUUCAGUAUGUGAGGAUAAAUAG